GUCGAAAAUCGUCAUCUCAAUUCUCAACUACGCAGGAAAUAUUUCACGGUGGCCACCAACCUGAGCUCCGCCGUACGCAUUCGUCGAUGGCGGUGGUUCUUUCCGUUGGAAACUCCUCUUUGCACCACCGCAACCGCCUACCACAGUCGUCUGAGUUGUGGUCCAAUAAGCGUUCAAGCAGUAAUAUCAGUUUGUCUGGUGGUAGGUUGUUCACGCAUGACGGAAAACUCGCUCUUAACAGUACGCAAAAUUUGUUCAACCGUUCACCUUUCUGUACUAGAAGCUUUCGGGGAGAAGAUGCAGAAUAUACUGACGCAACAAGAUACAUAAACAACUCUGAGGGACAAGAUGAAACUGCUGAUGUGAUACUUGGGAGUCAACAACAAAAUAAAACCACUGUUACUAAGAGUUCAUUGCUGGCACAACUAGCAAUACUCCUGGGUGUAGCUGCAACAAUCACACUAUUGUCCAUAUGUCUUAAACAGCCCAAUCAGGGAUCAUCUUCUGGCAUUCAAAUAUUGGCUGGGAGUUCAUCUACCUCUGCUGUUGGUUUUUCAUUCAAUGCUUUUGGAUACAAAAUCAUACUUCCAGAAUACACUCCAGGAUGGAUCUAUUUUUGGCUGCUGAUGGCUGCAGGAUGUGGACUUUUUAUCAGUGAAGAGGCAUUGAAUAUAUGGGUGGGCAUCUCACUAGCACGGAUGUUGUCACUGGAUGGGACAAGACAGUCUUUGGCUGAAUCAUUUUCUAGAAAUGCCCCACACAUUUUGUCCACUGUAUUGUGGGUAUACUGGGGAGUUUGCAUUAGUGAUAUGAUACCAUUUUACCUUGGGAGGCUUUUUAAGAAAUCCGGUGCAUCUGAUGAUGUUUAUUCAAAGUUAGGGAUUAGCAAAGACAAAGCACUUGGCCUUACCAACAUUGUUCAAAGAUAUGGGAAUCUCAUUGGUUUUGUUGAACGAUUUUCUCUAGGAGUGAGAAAUCCAACAGCCUUUUUUGCUGGGGCACUGGAUAUAUCCCCUGAGUGUUUCUUUGCUGGUGUUUGUUGUGGUGGCUUGAUUACUCUUCCAAUUCAGCUUGCAAUUGGCUUCUUACUGAGAGAACGCCCUGUAUUUGCCAUUGCCACUGUUGCUACAGUAGUUGGAGUAUGGACUGUGUUCCCAUAUGCUGUGGCAGCUAUAACAGCACUAUUUUUUUACCUGAGAAGGCGUUACUCUAAUUGACCUUGCUACCAAUUAAUGAGGUACCAAGGAUUAGAUAGAUAUUAUUACUAUUAACUUAUUCAAAACAUUACAUUAUUUUCAGGAUGAUAGAUAAUAGAUGGUAGAUAAGAAAACUAGAAAGAAG